AUGUCGCCUCUGAAUCACACACCGAAGUCGGCGAGUAAGAAAAAGGGCAAGAAGGAGGAAGAGAUGGAUGACGUCAAGACCCUCAUCUAUCAGCGCGGCCAAAUCAAAAGGAAGGUCACAAUGAUCAACCAAACCCUGGAGGAAGCAGAGGACGAUCCGACGAAGAUUACGCCAUCACUGCUGAAGGUCUUCGCGAAGAGGCUGGAGCUGCACUACCAGGAGUACGAAGCAGCUCACCGAGAAGUGCUGGAUGCUACACCACCGUCCAAAUUCGAAGAGCAGGGUGAAAUGCAGAUAGCUUUCGACAUGCUGCAUAUCGAAGCGACGGAUCGACUCGAGCGGCUCUCCACGAAGCUGACUGCCGGUGGUGCCCCUGCAGUUGGAACCGGCAAUCCACAGGUCAUCAUCCAGCAACAACCGUUGCGAGCUCCGAUUCCCAGCUUUGAUGGGAAAGUGGAGAAUUGGCCGAAGUUCCGAGCAAUGUUUGAGGACAUCGUCGUGCGCAGCAACGAAUCCGACGCCAUGAAGCUGCACCAUCUUGACAAGGCCCUACUCGGCGAAGCGUCGGGAUGGAUUACUGCAAAGAUGAUCCAGGAGAAUAACUUCCAGCAGACCUGGAAGCAGCUUCAAGACCAAUUCGAAAAUCCUCGUGUGAUCGUUGAUACCCAUCUGGCGGGUCUCUUGGAGCUGAAGCCGAUUGCGAAGAGGAACCACAAAGACCUGCUGGAGCUGGUCAAGGCGGUCAACCGGCACAUCGGAGGACUAGAGUACCAAGGCGUAAAGGUCGACGCGAUGUCUGGUCUCUUGCUGACAAAGAUCGUCACGGCCCGACUGGAUGACCAGACACUUCAGCUGUGGGAAAGGACCCAGGAGCACGGUAAGCUGCCUGACUUCGACAAGACCAUGCAAUUCCUGCAGAACGAGUGUCAGGUGUUGGAGCGAUUUCAGAACCGUCAAGCAUCUUCAACGAAGGAAGGAAGCUUCAGGCCAUCCAUCACGAAGUCUACAAGCCAGAAAGUGCACGCUGCAACCCCGACGAGCAAGCCCCAGCGUUGUCUCAUGUGCGACGAGGAUCAUCGCCACUUCGAGUGCCCUAUGUUCAACAAGUGGACGACAACGCAACGUACAGAGAAGGUUAAGGAGUUGAAUCUGUGCUUCAACUGCCUGAGUCCAGGACAUCGAUCCACGAAGUGCGCAUCUAGAAAAACGUGUGCGGAGUGCCAGCGGAAGCACCACACGCUUUUGCAUGGUAUCCCGAGGCCAACACCAGAGAAGAUCGCUCAACCGGUACAGCAGGCAAAGACAGCUCCAGUGAACCAACCGGCGUCGCCAUCGCAGUUACCUUCUCGAUCAUCGUCAAACACGGCUGUUCCGAACAACCAACCGUUGGAACAGAAGAUGGUGAUGCUCAUGACAGCUCUGGUGAAUUUGCGAGACCUCUGCAACAGGAAGGUACCCUGUCGUGUGCUUCUGGAUUCUGGAUCGCAGAUGAGCUUUAUUUCACGGAGUAUGGCAGAUCGUCUAGCGGUACACCGGGCUCCAACGCUUGUACCAAUUACGGGAGUAGGUGCAGCCAGGACUUGCGCUCAUGAGAAGUUGACAGUGGCAAUCGAAUCCAGGUACACUGACUUCUCAACGAUGGUCGAAUGCUUGGUGAUUCCCAAGGUGACAGGAGUCAUCCCCACAACCCAGCUGGAUAUAUCAAGGUGGCCCAUUCCAACUUCCGUGUUCCUGGCUGAUCCCGAGUUCAAUACGCCUGGCCAAAUCGAUAUGCUGCUUGGCGUAUCCCAUUUCCUCCGACUGCUCAAAUUGGGAAGAAUCCAGCUGCGAGACGACUUGCCCGACCUCCAGGAGACGCAGUUUGGAUGGGUGGUCGCUGGUGACGUCGAGGAAGAACAGAACGAUCAGCAGUGCUACGCAUCCACAGCCAGCACACUCUCCGAGACUAUGAAAAGGUUUUGGGAAGUCGAAGAAGUCAACGAUGCUGAUCAACCUACGGACCAGGAGGAAUGCGAAAAGAAGUUUCUGGAUACCCACUAUCGAGACGUGGACGGCAGAUAUGUUGUGUCGCUGCCUUUCCGAGAAUAUCCUCCCCAGCUGAAGGACAACCGAGAGUUAGCCCUGCGUCGCUUCUUUUCCCUCGAAAGGCGGAUGAAGAAGGAUCCUGCUCUCAAACUCCAAUACAGCAAGUUCAUCGACGACUACGAAGUCCUGGGACACUGCCGAGAGAUCAUCGAGGAUUGCGAUGCACCGAGUCGACCCCGGUACUACAUGCCCCAUCAUGCGGUACUUCGUCCAUCGAGCUCCAGUACAAAGCUUCGUGUGGUGUUCGAUGCAUCAGCCAAGGCUUCGCCAUCUGAUGUUGCUCUCAAUCAAGCUCUUCUGGUGGGAGCAACAGUGCAGAACGACAUCUUCGUGAUCAUCGUUCGCUUCCGGAAGCACUUCGUUGUGUUCACGGCUGAUAUUUCGAAGACGUAUCGGCAGAUCAAGGUAAUUCCAGCCCAUUCGUGUUUCCAAAGGAUCAUCUGGAGAGACGAUCCUGCGCAGCCUCUUCGGGUACUGGAGUUGACAACGGUGACGUAUGGAACAGCGUGCGCUCCAUUCCUCGCGACAAGGUGUUUGUUGCAGCUGAGUAUCGACGAGGCCGACUCCUUCCCCAUCGCUGCGAACAUCGUCCGAGAAGAUUGCUACGUCGACGGAGCUGAUACCGUAGCGGAAGCCAUCGAAUGCCAGACCCAGCUUAUUGGAAUGCUGAAAUCCGCGGGGUUCCCUGUCCAUAAGUGGAGCCCCAACUCUACGAAGCUGCUUGAAUGCAUCCCUGAAUCAGAUCGUGAGGAGUUGGUGAAUCUGACUGACGGCUGCGACGGAGUCAUGAAAACUCUGGGUAUGCCUUGGAGUCGACUGAGGGAUGAGGUUGCAUUCGACGCGAAUCAUCUUACCGACUAUUUGAAACCUCCGACCAAGCGAUCUGUGCUACCCGAAAUCAGGAAGCUCUUCGACGCCUUCGUGCGGAACCGUAUUGAGAAAAUACAGCUGCUCACAGGCUCUUCGAGUGUAAAAUGGAGAUACAUUUCAACGAAGGAAUACCCGGAUGACGUCGUUACGCGAGGACGGCUGCCAGAAGCACUGCGUACCGGCGAGUUGUGGUGGACUGGGCCCAAGUUUCUUCAAUGUGCAGAUUACGACGUGGAGAUUCCAGCAGACCUUCCUGACGAUGCUAUCUCGGAGAUACGAGCAACACCAAUCGUCACUGCAUCCGAAACCAGCCAAGAUGAGUUGCCUGUGUUUUCAAAGAACAGCUCAUGUCGAAAACUGCGGCGUAUGGUUCGGCGAUUCAUCCGAAACUGUCGAGUAAACGAUAUUUCGCAGCGAGUCACUAGUUUCCAUCCUACUGUUCCGAAGUUACGAGAGUCUCUGGAACUCAUCGUAACGGUUAUCCAGCACAAGACGCUAGCGGAUGAAAUUCAUCGCAUGGAAGCUAACGAACCCUGCCAACGGAUCUAUGUGCUGCAUUCCAGCCAUCGCAAAGGAGUGAUGCGAGCUGUCGACGUGAAGGUUGGCGGAACAACACACCGACGAGCGAUUCCAAACUAUCCAUUCUGCCGAUCGAAGACAACUGCAAUCCACAUUGCAGUGCUUCAGACGACUUCCAGCCCGGGGGUGCAUGUUCGCUACCAGCAUGUACGCUCCGGUGAUAAACGUGCCCCACUUUCCCCUAUCAUGCGAGAGAAGAUGAAAACGUCAAACGUGGGAGCACCAUCAGCAGCUGCAAGUUGCUCACCCGCCGCCGGCACCACCAUCAUCGCCACUCAUCAAUGUAAACACGCGCUCGUGAGUGACCGCGCGCGCCGUCGGGAACUCAGCGUCAUCAUCAUCAUCACCGUCAUCGCGCGCGGAAAAAGCCGACCGCGUGAGUUGCAGUGA